AAGAGGAGCAGAGUCUAGGAAUAACAAGCUUCGUCGUCUCUUCGUGUGCCCCCUUCCACGUGCGGUCCAGAGAGGAUCAGAGUAGCGACGAGUAAUCUAAGAAAGGAGGGAACGAAAACACCGAGGGAUGGACGAAAGAGGGAAAAACGAGGUGAAAUGACGGAUUCAAAGGAGCAAGCAGAGCAGAAGGGAGAGGAGGUGAAGAGCGCGAGAACAAGAUGGAGAAAGAGAAAGAGAGAGAGCGAGGUGAGGCAAGGCGAGCCGGUGAUCGUAGUGGGAUCGACAAAGCUACCUGGUUCCACGACGGCCACUUUCGACGGCAGUAACCACGAAGACGCCAUGACGACACAAUCACCCACAUCGUCCACGACUCGGCUCUCCUCUAUUGGUCUAGUCGCAGCGAUUUAUCUUCUUCUGGCGACACAGAUAUGCAGCGCAGCUUAUUACGGAAAGCUUAUUGGCAAGCUGUCGGAACUUCAUCACGGCGUCAGCGGUGAAGUUUACGCGGUGGACGGGCGAACUCUGUUCAUCAAGGACUUCACGUACGACGGCGAAGCACCAACCGCUUACUUUUACGUCGGUACAUCGAAGAGUCCUAAUGCAAACGGAAUCAGGCUCCGGGACGAGCGUGGAUCAUCGAACACGUUGAAGCGGUAUCGUAGGAAGGACAUCACGCUCACAUUACCCGAUGGCAAGACGCUGAGCAACGUGAAGUGGUUCGCCGUGUGGUGCGACGAAUUCUCCGUUAACUUUGGUGACGUCAGAAUACCACGAGGAUUCGAUUACCCAAAACCUCAAAAAUUGGCAGCUCUGAACGGAGUGCACGGAGUAAGCUCGGAACCAAUCGUCGUCGUCGAUGCACAAACCCUCUUGAUACCAAGCUUCAGCUAUGAUGGCGAGGCGCCUGAUGCGAAAUUUUGGGUGGGAGCUGGACCAUCGCCGUCGCCGCAAGGUAUUCGCGUACCAGACGAGAACGGAAAGGAGCAGCCACUACGUCGAUACGAUCGCAAAGCCAUCGUGCUGACGUUGCCCGGGGAUCUAACGAUCCACCAGAUCGGCCACUUCGGCGUCUGGUGUGAGGCGUUUACCGUGGACUUCGGCCAUGUACAAAUUCCGCAAGGUCUUAACGUGCCACCGUCCCUAAAGAUGCUCGGAGUUUCGCCGCAGAACGUGCAUCGCGGAGGGCAGGGACAGACGCUCGGUCUGACAAAUCUGUACGAGCUGUCUACUUCGGCGUCGUCGUCGUCACCGGCUUCUCCGUCUCCUUCUCCUUCUAUCGCGAGCGCGUUGCUUACUCAGCAGCAAUACCAACAACCGACAACCUACCGGCCGAUCCUCCGCCGAGAAGAUCAGGUCCAAGUGGUCCAGGCGAUCGACUAUCGAAUACCAAAGAGCUUGCAGACCCAAGAACCACUCGCGCAGCAGCUUCGCCGGCAUCAAUCCGCCUCUUAUCCGACACCGGUCGGAAGAUCGACCGCGAUUGUUCAGUAUGGCGACGACGUCACGAAUCUAGACGAUGCCACGUAUCAGGAACAGUAUAGAUCCGGUGACGGUCAGCCUUCUGUCGAAACGGUCGCAACUCAACCUGUAAUACGAUCGAGAUCGCGUAGCCAACCAAUUAGCGAGCCCCAGCCAAAUUCUUACGCGAGAUUUUUACGGUUCCAAGGUGACAGAAGGGUAGACGACUCUUUCGUUCGUUAUUGAUGCAUAUUUAAAGAUAUUAUAAAACUGCGUUCUCCUUGAAGAUACAACGAGCAACUUGUUAUUGAUGGUCCAUGUUUCUUGAAGAAGUUGCUGGUCAUUGUCUCUCUGGUGGCUCUUCACAUUUUCGUUGUCAUUAACGAAUGCUGCUGCUGUCUGUAUCUUAUCUGUGUCCGUACGGUAAAGCCGCGUUUACAUCAGACGACUACUGAGGUGAUCAGGUCGUUUCAAUUCGAUCGACAUUGCGUUUACAUCGACUCAAUCGUUCGACUAAAAGUUGCUUCAUAUAAACCAGGUUUAAGGAUGGAAGAAAAAUAAGAGACACGCGGCAACACCGUCGGUGUACGGUUUUGUUUGACAACGAAUUUGCUCGUGAACAACUUGUAGCAAAGAACAAAUAUCGCUUCACAAUCGAGACAAAAUGCAGAUGUUCCGUAGAUCGUGUUGCUUCAAUGCAGACAAAAUGUUGAUACGUGUUGAGUACUGUUCGAAACAAGCAACAACAGGGGGCAACGAAAGUUGUUGCUUCAACGAGGACGCAGUUUAACUCGUUUGGCGACGUCCGCUGCUCUCGGACAGCUCGAAGAUUCCUUGUGCGGGGACGUUUGUUUCCCAUCGAAGGGAGAUCAGUUUCUUCGCAACAGAAAUCCUCGAAUUGUCUUUGAUUCCUUAGUCGAUUAGUCGUUCAACUCGAAGGAGCUCCGAUCAACAGCAUUCGAUCCAAGAUACACUUGGUCCAGCUUGCAUCGUAAACUCGUACCUUCCUAAGAGCUAAGACAAGAGGAUAGCGAAUGAUUUAUCGCGGUAACGGUAAACCAAUCGUAAAUCAGACUGCCUAACAGAACUCGGUCAAACUCGCGUUUCGACAAAUUAGCGAAAGUUCUGUAAGCUGGCCACCAAGCGUUUACCGACGAUCAUUCGUUUCGUUUCACCGUGGAAACCUCAGGUGGCACAGCUGGGAUAAUAUUAGCCGGAGGCUCAUUCGUAAAGUUUCACAGUCGCGUACAACCACUUUGGCGAAGUUUCACACGAGAGAGCAGGAGAAGAGGGGCACGGGACGAUGACUCUAGCUUCUUUAUUUAUUUAACAACACGCGCCGGCAAUGUAUUAGACGAGGAAUCUCUGAACAUCGGUUUACACUUUGUACAGCCGCUUGUAGUAACGUAUACACGCGCUUGUAAAUCGUACACAUUCGCAGACACUUGCACAGACGGAAACAUCUUGCAUACGAGCGAAACGCUUAAACAGAGUGGAUCGUAUCGAAGCGCAAUUAGACAUAAUUUUAUUAGCGUAUUUUUGCCUAUAAUACCUUAACAGUUCGGCAAAUUCAACGAAAUCCGCCCAAAGUACCUAUUUGUUUUUGGUUUCAUCGGCUGCUUGGACGUGUCAUUUUAAGAUAAAAAAAUAAAAGUCAGAUGGAAGUAGGAAUUUUUUACCUUGAUCGAAGAUCGUAAAGAAAAUACCUGAUAAGUACGUCUUUCGUUGAUUUUUUAAAUUUGAACGUCACUAUAUAACUAAGAAGAAGUAUUUAACAAAAAAGGUUUGUUAGAUCCAGAGAUGUACUUGUUACUCUCGUAAACAAACUUUUCCACGUCACAUAUCUGUACACAAAGACGUAAGAUCGUAACACUUACGAUGCGAAUGGCUGGCAUCCAUCAGACUUAUCCAUAAUUGAACCAUUUUCUAAAAUUUGUUAAAUAUACGUGUCAAGGCACUUGAUCGAUGCUCGUAUCUUGUAUAAAGCGGCUAAAUUAAUCAACGGCUCGAUUGUCACGGGCUAAACUGUUAAGGGGUUAAUUUAGUAUUACCUUUGCAUGAAGACUACGUUCCAAAACAAAAAUUACAAGAUUUUUCAAAGUUACACAUCGUUUCAUAAGACGAACAAAGAGAGAACUUUUCUAAAUUUCUCGCUCGUUGAUGAAAAAUAAAUUUACCUUGUGUGGGAGUAACGUGAUGAAGCAUCUACGUAGGCGCAGACCAUGUCCCACGGACACAUACCUAUGAGACACGGCUUUAAUCUCUCGAAUCCGCUUUAGAAUUCUAUUCUAAGAGACGUACGAUCUCGCUCCCGUAGAAGUGGAUGCGUCGCGUUCUCCUCGAACAAUACGAGUCGCCAUAAUUCACGCUUUGCUGUCUCCCUUCCGAGUUCGUAUGAAACAUGUGUCGAUAUUAGUGACACUUGGAUAUCGGUUUGUCUCUCGGCUCAUCUGCGUGCGCUACACGAACACAUCGCGUAGAAGCGUGGAAACCAUCGGAAGAAGAUUCACUAUAUUCGAGACUUGGAAUAGACCUUCAAGGCUACGAAUCCUUAUCGACAGCCUUAACCCUUUCGUGCGUUGUGUGUAACACCGUAAGAACGAUGAAAGAAUAAAAAGCGGAGAUGGGUCACUAGAAACCUGAAAACCGCUCGAAAAUCGAAACCAUGUGCCAUUUCCCGUGAUUCGAAACUCUCAAAACCCAGGUAAACGAUAAUUCGCCUAAAUAACUUGUGAAAGCAUUAUUUCAAUUCGAUCGAGUUUGUGUUUAAACACAUGGACUCAUGUCGGGGAAAGAUAAUUUGCGUUUCUCGGGAAGACUUUUUAAGAUUUUUAUUUCCUGCAAGUAAGAUAACCAAGAUAGAUAUUUCUUAGGAAAAAAUGAGAAAAGAUAAAUAUUCCGGGUUACAAUAGUUUCGCGUUUCGAGAGUUUCGAGACCUCGCAGAGUUUCUAGAAAUCAAGUUUCGGCCCAUCUCUAAUAAAAAAUAUUAGCGAUAAGAUAUAAGCUUGCGAAUGAAUGGCAUGUUUGGAUUGUACAAUAAGUUUGUUCGUGGUGGUUAAAGACCAUUGAUUUAGAGUAUAAGUAUUAAGAAGAAGAGAUAUUAUUUUUGUAAAAGCCGAGCGUGUAAGGACAGAGAACGAUGGUUAUUCGACUGUGAUACAAGGGUUAAUUAUUUUUAUCUUCGCGGUCCGAGAGGAGGCGCGCGUUAUUCCAAGAGACGGAGGACAUAUCGCUCGGAAAUAAAGCUGAGGAAAUCCCCUUCCUACCUAGGCCAGUUCUUCUUUAUAAGUACAGAAGCUUAUAUCGCGUAUAUGCCUAUUUACCAGAUAUAGAUUAUAUUUACACGCACCGAAUGAUAUUACUUUUCUAUCAACCUUUUUUUGUACGUUUUUACUUGAGAUUAAUGCGAAUAAACGUAUUACUUUCUUGACAAUCGAAUCAGUUCCUUGCCUUACUCCUCAAGAGUUCUCUUUAACUUGAACUUUUAAUUUCUCUCUUCGUCCGACAUCGAUAAAUUUCUUCUUUCGCUUUCGCAUUUAUCACUGGACGACGUCGUCUGUCGAGUUCUAACGUCUUGCCGAGAGAAAAAGUGGCUUCGAGUUUCAAGGGUUUGCGACAACGAGAUUCACGAUCGACCGGUUACGGUGAAUCGCGAGACAUGCAAGGGAAUCGAUGUUGUAAAACGAUGGUAAACGGUUUGUCGUUUGA